AGCAAAAUAUUCACUAGAUAUGGUGGUGGAAAAUUUGCGACAGCGAAGGCAACACAGCGUGACAGAGUGGGGAGUCAACGAACCACUGAACGGAACCGACAAAAGAUUCCUUACGAUCCCGUGAACCACCUUCUCUUCUUCUUCUUCUUCCUUUUUCGGCUCCUUUUCUUUCCCCUUGCUUCUGGAACAAGAGCUUUUGUUUUUGAACUAGGGCUUCUGGGUUUGCAAAGAUCGAUAAUCUAUCUGUAAAUCUUCGGAAAAGCUCGAUUCUUUUGAGAUGGGUCUCUGGGAUUCGCUUCUCAAUUGGCUCAGGAGUUUGUUCUUCAAACAAGAGAUGGAGCUCUCCCUCGUUGGCCUCCAAAAUGCCGGCAAGACUUCUCUUGUUAACGUCAUUGCUACCGGAGGUUAUAGCGAAGACAUGAUCCCGACUGUAGGAUUUAACAUGAGGAAAGUUACAAAGGGGAAUGUCACGAUAAAGCUUUGGGACCUCGGGGGCCAACGCAGGUUCCGCACCAUGUGGGAGCGCUAUUGCCGAGGCGUCUCUGCUAUUGUAUAUGUUGUUGAUACCGCAGACAGAGACAAUGUUCUGAUAUCGCGCAGCGAGUUGCAUGAUCUGUUGACGAAACCAUCUUUGAGCGGCAUUCCUCUUCUUGUUCUUGGCAACAAAAUUGACAAGUCAGAAGCUCUCUCUAAGCAAGCUUUGGUGGAUCAACUAGGCCUUGAAUCCAUCACGGAUAGAGAGGUAUGCUGCUACAUGAUCUCGUGCAAGGAGUCGAUAAACAUAGACGCAGUCAUCGACUGGCUCAUCAAGCACUCGAAAACCGCCAAAUGAUCGAGAGGGCAUGCCUAUAUACUACUCUCUGGCUCGAUGAUCUCUCUGCCAGUCAAAAUCUUUGAGCUUGUAUUUGUACAGGCGCCGCUUCAAAAAAAGCUUCACUUUGUUUUUUUCAGUGAACUUCAAAGGCUUCACCUUUGCUUCUUGGUGUGGUGUGUGUUUUCUUGUCAAGAAUCAGCAGAAGUAUCAAACAUUUGGUUUCUGGGUUUUUUGUCCUUCAGAAAGUCGCAAUGUAUCUAUUAAUGUUACCUUUCCU